AUGUAGCUUCCUGCAAGUGCUUAUGUGCUCCAGAAGCAGCAUAGUUGGGUACCGAGGGCUUACUGAGAUUUUUGUGGAGAUGGUAAGAGUACAGGCUAUAUGGAAAAUAAUAAGCUCUGUUACAGAUACAAGAGUCUGUGAUACAAGAGGCUGAAGGUCACAUGGGGACCAAGAUUGAAAGGCUUGUAGAAGUCCCCAUUGUUCUGUAGUCAUCUGAGGUAAAAUGAAACUCGGCAGGUACCAUUGCUUAACUUGGAAGGUGUGAGCUCGCUCUUCUGUGGUUCUAGGAACCCUGACAGGACAGUCAAGAGGACAGGAGCAAAACCUGCUGAGUGAUUGAUGGGUUCUUGUGUGCUGGCUUGGGGAAGUACUUCUUGCUUCUGUCCCAAGGAAUGUCUUAACAGAGCUGCUUGGGUAUUUCUGUGGAGAAAUCCAUGGGGUUUCCUAUGAUGAGGGACCAUUCCCAGUAGUUCUUUCACAGAUGAAGGGCAAAGAACUUGACUACAACAUCAAGCUGUUGGUGGAUUCAUCUUUUGACUGUUUUCAACUCUUGAACUGAAUGCAGUGGAGUGGAGCAGUUACAGAAGAGGAUACUUGGGUAAAGUUUUCUGUAGGGCUGUGGAAAAGUCUGGAUAGCCUGUAGUGUCCAGGUUGUCUUUCCUGUCUGUGGGAAUGGAGGGUAUUUUUGUUACUGAGAUGGUCAACAACUCCUUAUUUAUUUAUGGGUGUGUUUUUUGUUUUUUUCUUCGAGACAGGGUUUCUCUGUGUAGCCCUGGCUGUCCUGGAACUCACUCUGUAGACCAGGCCAGCCUGGAACUCAGAAAUCCGCCUGCCUCUGCCUCCCAAGUGCUGGGAUUAAAGGCAUGUACCACCACCGCCCAGCUUGCUUAUUUAUUUAUUUAUUUAUUUAUUUAUUUAUUUAUUUAUUGGAUUAUUCAUUUAUUGGAUUAUUCAUUUAUUGGGUUCAUAUAUGCCACAGUCUGCCUGUGGAGGUCAGAGGAUAACCUACGUGAGUCUUUCCUUCUAUUAUGUUGGCCCCUGGGAUCAAACAAGGCUUGGCAGCAAGUGCCUUAACCUGCUGGGCUAUCUCCUCAGCACACACCAUUGCUUUUCUUCUGCUGGAAAAAGUUGAGCUUUGUUCAGCAAAAGAUUAAUUGUGUUCCAGAGGCUGCUGUUAUGCUAAAGGAAAACAGCAACCCUGGGACUGGGCCUCUUGCUCCUGGAUGACCCCAGGGUUUGGAGGGAUGAAGUAGGGCCAACGAUGGAAGUCUGGGAAGUCCCAAGUUCCAAACUAGUUGGGACAAGUCUUUCUGAGUAUGAAUUGGGGACUGGUGGCUGGCCUGCCUAUCAAGAGAGACUAUUGCUGACAGAGCAGGGGUCUCUAUGGGGCUGGAAACUCAAUCUAAGACCCAGAGAAACCCUGGAUCUGCUACAACAAGCAGCUGCUGUGCUCCAGGGUCAGGUUAAUUGUGAUUGGGGAGAGGUUGGGGAGGGGUUAGGGGCCGGACUGGGUUAUUGAACUUUUUUCCUUCCCUCCCUUGUUGCUCCCUCCCUUUGCUGAAGGAGCCAACUUCAAAAGCCUCUCCACCUGCCCCUCAACUCUAUCUAGGGAGGACCCAUCAGCCAGUAGAGGACCUGUUGUGGCCACCAGUUGCCUGCUUCCUUGGCCACCCAAAGACCCAGAGGACCCAAAGACCCAGAGGACCCCAGGAUCAUGUGCAUGGCCUACUAGAGAGAGUAAGGGAGGGCCAGACCCUGAGAGGCCUAUGGUGCCCCCAAAGCCUGCUUUCUACAUACUACUACUGCUGCUGGCAUUUCUUGGAUCUGCCCAGGACUGGCCUGGGUCCCAGUCCUGCAGUAUCCAGGAGGUACUCCGCCACUACCAAGCCGUCAUCUUCCAGGAUUUGCAGGCUGCGAUGCAAUGGGCUGGGCUGGGUGUCCAACAUACAGAGCCUGGAUCCCGACGCCACCGCUUCAUUCAGAAAAACCUGACUGGAGCUGGUGGAGGUCAGGGACAGCCAGGGACCUCCUGUGAUGCCCAAAAGGUAUGGGGGAGGUUCCCCCAAACAACUAUUUGUUUCCUCCUCAAGCCCCACCCCCAUUCCCCCUGCUCUGGCUUUCCUCCCUUUCCAACUCAGGAGAGUAGCAUCCUACUGUCUAUUGAGUCCUUGGGUCAGACCCUUCUUGGGAGUGUGGCUGGAGUACCCCACAAUGCAUUAGAGAAAGCGGCAUGGACAGUAGCAGUGCGCACCGAGGCAGUGAUGCGCAGACACUGCCGAACAUCCUUCAGGAUGCAGCAGCCAAAGAAGCACGCAGUACAACCGCGCAGCAGGAGGCGGCUCCUGCUACGUGCCCUAUACGCCGUCGCCACCUGCUGGGAAAAGCUCUUUGCGCUAAGUGCCAUGGCUACUGGUGAAUUCUAGCCCUGUCCCUGUUUUCCCACUUGUCAUGGAAGAUUGGAAACAAACCGAUUCAUGUUUUGAUAGCACCCUCUCAGCUCAGAUUGUCUGAACUCAAAAGGACCAGGAUGUGUAUACACUCAUUGAGGCCCCAAUAAAUGUAGAUAAUUAUAUGACCUGA